GCCCGUGCAUUUUGAGUUCUGAAAUCAUCAAAAAAUACAAUGAAACCUUUGACGUCCCCCAAGAUAGAAAAACAGAAUCCUCUCUCUUCUUCUCCCUCGUGCAUCCAUUUCCAUGUUCUAUCUUUUGUGAUGUUCUCUUUGUAAAGUUUAAUCUCGUUUGCUUCUUCUUCUUCUUCUUUUUUGGAAGAUAAACAGUAACAUAAAUCAUGGGAUUUGAAAACAAACAAGCAUCAUCAUCCUCAAACGCCCUGAAAGCCCGGCCAACAGAAGACACGCCUCUCAUAGGCAAGGACAAGCCUCUAUCGUCCCAGUCCAAGACCUUUGCCAAUGUCUUCAUUGCCAUCGUAGGCGCUGGCGUUCUUGGUCUUCCUUAUGCUUUCAAACGCACCGGAUGGAUCAUGAGCCUCAUCAUGCUCUUUUCUGUUGCCGCCUUGACCCACUACUGUAUGAUGCUUUUAGUCCACACACGGCGCAAGCUCCAAUCUUUUUCUUCUGAUUUCUCCAAUAUCAACUCUUUUGGCGAUCUGGGUUUCACGGUUUGUGGUUCUAUUGGGAGGUUAGUUGUGGAUAUCAUGAUUGUCUUGUCUCAGGCUGGAUUUUGUGUUGGUUAUUUAAUUUUUAUUGCAAAUACUUUGGUGAAUUUAUUCAAUUCAUCAUCGUCUCAGAGCUUAACUUCCCAAAUCAUGGGAUUGUCUGCCAAGAGUUUUUACAUAUGGGGUUGUUUCCCGUUCCAAUUGGUGUUAAAUUCUGUUGCUACUUUGACCCAUUUAGCACCUUUGAGUAUAUUUGCUGAUAUUGUUGAUCUUGGUGCGAUGGGUGUGGUCAUGGUGGAGGAUGUUUUGCUAAUGAUGAGAAACAGGCCGGAGGUAAGGGCUUUUGGGGGUACGUCUGUGUUUUUCUACGGGAUGGGGGUGGCUGUUUACGCAUUUGAAGGGAUUGGUAUGGUUUUGCCUAUAGAGUCAGAAAUGAAAGAGAAGGAAAAAUUUGGGAGAACCGUAGGGUUAAGCAUGGCCUUUAUUUCAUUGCUUUAUGGAUCUUUUGGUGUGCUGGGUUACUUUGCUUUUGGCGAUGAAACUAAAGAUAUUAUUACUGCUAACUUGGGUGCUGGACUGAUUAGUAGUUUGGUUCAACUUGGUCUUUGUAUUAAUCUUUUUUUCACAUUUCCCUUGAUGAUGAACCCAGUCUAUGAGAUAGCAGAGAGAAGGUUUUGGGGUGGGACAUAUUGUUUGUGGCUUAGAUGGGUGUUGGUUUUAGCUGUGAGUUUGGUGGCCUUAUUGGUGCCAAAUUUUGCUGAUUUCAUGUCCUUGGUGGGAAGUAGUGUAUGUUGUGGACUGGGAUUUGUUUUGCCAGCUCUAUUUCACCUGCUCGUAUUUAAGGAAGAAAUGGACUUAAAAGGAUGGUGUAUUGAUGUGGGGAUCUUGACUGUAGGUGUUGUUCUUGCAGUUUCAGGAACUUGGUAUGCUCUUAUGGAGAUUUUCUCUGUUAAGGUAUUGUAAUAUGUACUAGAUUUAAGCAUAUCAAUUGUGAAUGCGUAGCAAUAAGUAUAUGUCAUCGCUUUAUACUGUGGAAACAUUGUGAUUUGAGCUAUCGCUGCAAAACUUCCUUAAAAAUACUAAGAUGAGAAGAUAUAGCUGUUUGAUUGACAACAAGUUCGGAACUGUUACAUUCCAAGAAAAGUUAUUAUUCGUGCUACUAUCUUGUCAUCUUUCGGUAUCUCCCUUUGUUAUUUAAUUUAUUGUUUCCUCAAAUAAGUCGUUAAGAAGUUCUUCACUGGAAAUCAUUGUAUUAUUCUGACAAAUUAUAGUUAAUAAAUGAUGGUGGCUAGAGCAACCAGGCUCUAGAUAUUUGUUAGUUUGUGCUGGUUGAGUACGAUGGAUUGUAAUAAAUACUGAACGGGGAAUCCCACCCAAGAAGAACUAAACAUACUACAAAUGCAUAAUUUUAUGAACAUUAUUGAUGCAUUA